UUUUACACACAACGCCACUCGAAUUCAUGAUAUCACUGUUGGAUGUUUUUAUUAACAGAAAAUCCAUUCUAUAAAUGCACAUUAAUUCAAGAUUGUUAAAACGAAUAUUUGUACAUUUUAAAUAAUAUCCAUAUAAAAUAUUUCGAAUAAUUAUUAAUCGUACCAUAAAAAAGUAAAAUGUCUUUAAUGUGUCAGAUAUUAUGUUCUUCGUUGAAAAAUAGUAAACAAAAUUUUCUGAGUCCUCUUGUUACGAGUGAAAAUUACAUCAAUGUAAGGAAUAAAGCAGUGAAAGUGGGAACAACAACACGUAAUAGAGGUGGUAAUAUGCGAAAACCGAAACACAGAGGUUGGAAGGUUCAGGAUGGAGAAGUUGUUCGGUCUGGAACUUUACUUGCCACCCAAAUGACCACAAGAUUUCAUCCUGGACUUUAUGUUGGUUUUGGUAAGAAUGGAACACUUUAUGCUAUGGAACCAGGAAAAGUAAUGGUUACUUGUGAAAAAACAAAUCUCAAAUGGGAUCAUACCUGGAUUCAAAGGUGUUAUAGCGGACGAGAAAAUCAAGUUAUCUAUAAAAAACAUUUUAAUGUAAUUCCUGAGAAACAACAUAAUCGUUUUAAACUAAUAGAUACUAUUUAAAAUAAUAAAAGUAUUUUUACAACUAAGUCAGAUUAAUAUUAUCGUAAUAAAAUGAUUGAUACAUCAA